AUGGAAAGAGAUUUCAAUGACUUAGAACGUCGGGAACCUGAGCAGUUUGCGCGGUUCAAAAAACAUUUACUGACCACGCCAAUGACGCCAAUUAGAAGACGUUUAUUUAAACUAAAAGGUGUCAAAGGUUGGGAGAAUAUGUUUGAAUCUUCGAAAAAGAAACAACAACAACUGUCUGUAGAAGAUCUUUGGUACCCCUCAAUUAUAACUCCCCUAGAUACAACUCAAGGUCAGCUCUAUUAUUCAACGUCAAACCAUGAUGCUCAUAAUUUAUUGAUUCCUAAUUAUGAAUUUCAAGAACACCUGUCAUUUUGUGGUAUUGCCUGUACUACAAUUCUCUUGAAUACCAUGUAUGCAAAAGAGAUUGAAAAUAAGAAAUAUUGCAAAGUUACUCAAAAUUAUUUAUAUCAAAAUGUUGUACAAAUGAAUGAAAAAACUAAAAUGAGUAACGGUAUGACAUUAGAACAAGUCAGUGUUGCGUUAAAUAUUGGUGGUUUAAAAACGAUUAUUCGCUAUGGUAGUAAAAAUUUAGUUGAAUUUGAGAACACCUUAAGAAACGAUAUUGAACAAUAUUUGGUCACAUGUUCAGCAUUUAUUAUUUGUAAUUAUUGGAGACAAUUUAGGAACAAAAGUGGAAAUGGGGACACAUAUGUUCAACAGUGCGGGCACCAUAGCCUAUUGUCAGCAUAUGAUUCACUUAGUGAUCAAGUUUUAGUGCUAGAUCCAACUAAAAAUCGAUUUGCGCAUCACUGGAUUAUGUUGGAACAUUUAGCAUCUUCGAUGUGUACUACAGAUGCAGUAUCAGUCAGACCAAGAGGUUAUUUACUCGUUUAUAGACAAAACAUACAAUAA